ACAUGGCCGCUAAAUCGGAUGGAGCAGCCGUGUCUUUGCAGAAUGAGACCCCAUCGCGGAGUCUGCCAAGUCCGGAACAGCGCCCGCUUCAGUAUCGCCAUGCCGGAAAACGCUACUCACUCCUGGAUUGCUGCUGGGUGCUGUGCGCCCUCCUGGUCUUUUUCUCGGACGGAGCCACCGACCUGUGGCUGGCCGCGGACUACUACCUGAGGCGGGACUACCGGUGGUUCGCCUUGACGCUGGUCUUCGUGGUGGUCCCCUCCGUGGUGGUGCAGGUUUUAAGUUUCAGGUGGUUUGUCUACGAUUACUCGGAUAUGAACAGCAGCGGGAGCGGAGCUGCUGCCGUAAGUGCUGCCGCGGCAGCCUCCGCCGGAGAGAGUAAUUUCAGCACCAAGGGCAGCGGUCAGCGGGACGCAGGCAGCUCUGCCGGGGCUGGGGCACUGCCUGUCACGGGCACUAGGAGCGGCGCCCAGAAGUGCUGCAGAGCUUGUGUAUGGCUGUUUCAGGGCGUCAUUCACAUCCUGCAGCUGGGACAGGCCUGGAGGUACCUGCACGCCCUGUACCUGGGCAUUCAGAGCCGCUGGAGGGGGGAGCACGAGCGGCAGCGGUACUACUGGCGCAUGAUGUUCGAGAGCGCCGACAUCAACAUGCUGCGGCUGCUGGAGGUGUUCCUGAAGAGCGCCCCCCAGCUGGUGCUGCAGCUCAGCAUCAUGAUCCACAGCAACCAGGUCCAGCCCCUGCAGGGUCUGUCGGCCUCUGCCUCUCUGGUGUCUCUGGCCUGGAUGGUGGCCUCGUAUCAGAAGGCCCUGCGUGACUCGCGGGAUGACAAGAUGCCCAUGUCCUACAAGGCGGUGAUCGUGCAGAUGCUGUGGCACCUCUUCACCAUCGGGGCGCGCACCAUCGCCUUUGCGCUCUUCGCCUCCGUGUUCCAGCUCUACUUUGGCAUCUUCAUUGUCACGCACUGGUGCGUCAUGACCUUCUGGAUCAUCCAGGGCGAGACGGACUUCUGCAUGUCCAAGUGGGAGGAGAUCAUAUACAACAUGAUGGUGGGCAUUAUCUAUAUCUUCUGCUGGUUCAACGUGAAGGAGAGCCGGGCCCGCUGCCGCCUGCUGGCAUACUGCAUGCUGACGCUGGCGGAGAACACCGCCCUCACCACGCUCUGGUUCCUGCACCGCGGCCCACAGACCUCCGACUUCUGCGCCCUGGUGGUGGUGUGUGUGGUGGUGUGCAGCUACGCUUUCGGCACCUUCUUCAUGUUCAUCUACUACUGCCUGCUUCACCCGAACGGCGCCAUCUCCGGGACUCAGUGGGGCUGCAUCGGGGACACAAGGGCGGAGCCCGCCACCUCCCCCGGCCCACUGCCGGACCCCGUCACCAGCCCCCCCCGGACGCUGCAGAGGACUACGGGGGUGGACCGGGAGCAGGCGCCGGGUGACAGGGACAGCUGCCCUCCCGUGUUCCAGGUCCGGCCCUGUGCGCUGCCCACCCCCACACCCCGCCCCCCACGGACAGAAAGGCCGGUCAUCCGCAUAGACCUGCCCAGGAAGCGCUACCCGGCCUGGGAUGCCCAUUUCAUCGACCGCCGUCUGCGGAAGACCAUCCUGGUGCUGGAGUCCACCGCCCCCAUCACGCCACGUCUGCAGUACCGUUCCCUGGCUACCUCCAAGGAGGUGCUGGAGUACGAGACCACCGUGUGACCCAUGGCCAGCUGGCAUGCUCGCUUAACCGGUCCUGCCAGAGGUAGCCAGUGGCAGUGUCCUGGGAGCUUCCUCUA